AUGGAGAGCGAAAGCUCUAGCGAGCCCGGAGUUGCAGAGUGGGAGUCCUACCUGUCCCGGAGGGCCACAUGGGGGCCAACCACGAUUCUGACGCGGUCCCGCAGCCCCAGCCAGUCCACCUGGAAGUCCUCCUUGCUGUCCUUCUACCCAGAUGGCCUCCACUGCGGCGUCAGCGGCGGCGGCCAUCGUCGCGUCGCGCCGCUGGACUUCACUGGGCUUGCGGAGCCGCAGCUGCAGCGUCUUCGCGCCACCUCGCUCAGCACCCAAGACAUCUCGUACGUGCUCACCAGCGUCUUCGGCAGCCUGUACUCGGCGGAAGUGAUUGGCGAGGAUAUGUGCACCAGCCUGAUCAAGGCCCGCGGCAGCGACGAUGAGCGCCACGAGCAGUUCGUGGACUCGCUGCAGCAGAUUCGAGAGCUCCACAAGCAGCGAAUGAAGGAGGUUGAAAUGCUGGAGAGGCACAUCAUUCAGGCUCGGGCUCGGGCUCUGGCAGAGGAAGAAUCGGCCGUGCACCAGGUAGCAGCACAGACUCGUGAGGGCUUGAACAACGUCAAGUUGCCUCCAGUCAACUCUACCCUCAGAUGGUGUGUGGACAAUGAGUUGCUCCGGAAACAUCAUUUGAUCUGCCCAGAAGAUUACUACAGUGAUACAGUGCCAUUUUGCUCUGCGCCUAAAGGCAGCAUCGUCCCUCGAUAUCAAAAAAUGACAUUUAGUUCCGAGCAGCAUGCUGUCAUAAAUAAAGAGCUGGUCCAAAAACAUGAACUUUUAUGCAGACAGAAGAUGGCUGAUCUUGAAAAGUUAGACUUCAGUCUGGACAGCUUGACAGAGGACUCAUCUCUGAAGGCCGAACCCAGGACCAAAGAAACCAUCAAGCAGGCAAGUCUACCCAAGAAUCCCACUUGGAUGAACCACCUGAGUGUGCCGCAGAGAGAACUGGAGCGGCGCCUGCUUGCCCGCAUGGAGAGUCGGAAUCACUUCCUUAAAAACCCUCGGUUUUUCCCUCCUAACACUCCACAUGGAGGCAGGUCUCUUCUUUUCCCUCCAAAGAGGCCGGAAGGGAGAGGAGAGUGCCAGCGCAUAGUGUCCGAACACAGCUGUGCUGAUACCCCCGUCUUUCUAGCCAAGCCAUCAAUUGGGUUUUUCACCGAUUAUGAAAUUGGACCAGUUUAUGAGAUGGUGAUUGCUCUGCAGAACACCACAGCAACCAGCCGCUACCUGCGAGUCCUUCCCCCCUCCACUCCAUACUUUGCCCUCGGAUUGGGGAUGUUCCCGGGCAAAGGCGGAAUGGUGGCUCCUGGAAUGACCUGCCAGUUCAUUGUCCAGUUUUUUCCCGACUGCCUCGGGGAUUUUGACGAUUUUAUUUUAGUAGAGACCCAGUCAACCCACACACUCCUGAUCCCCCUGCAGGCCCGGAGGCCGCCUCCAGUGCUGACCUUACCUCAAGUGUUGGACUGUGGCUACUGCCUCCUCGGGGGAAUGAAGGUAACCAGAUUCAUCUGCAAAAAUGUGGGCUUCAGCGUCGGCAAGUUCUGCAUUAUGCCCAAGAAGUACUGGCCACCGCCAAGUUUCAGGGCCGUGGCCAACAGUGGCUUCGUUGAGCAGCCUCCCUUUGGAGUCCUGCCUUCAGUGUUUGAGCUGGCCCCAGGGCAGGCUGUCCUGGUGGAGGUCCUGUUCCUCCCAAGGAGCCUAGAAAGGGAAGAGCAGACCUUCCUCAUUGUGUGUGACAACUGCCAGAUCAAGGAGCUGGUGACCAUAGGAACUGGGCAGCUGGCUGCUUUGGAGCUAGUCUAUGUGUCUGGCAGUAAAAGUGAACCGGAACCCGGAGAGCUGACAGACUUAACAGCCCAGCAUUUCAUACGCUUUGAGCCUGAAAACCUUCAGUCUACCACUAAGAGACAGCUGGUCAUUAGAAAUACUACGCACGUGGAGCUGGCCUUCCACUGGCAGAUCACGAGGCCCAACCUGAAGCCACUCAUGCCAGGAGCAACCUACAGCCUGGACAGUAUCAAGCACCACCCUGACACCGAGACCGCCUUCUCCAUUCUGCCCCAGCGGGGGGUCUUCAACCCCCACACCGACCACGAAUUCAUCCUCAGCUUUUCUCCCUAUGAGCCCAGGACUUGUCACAGUGUGCUCCAGCUGCUGCUAGAGCACAUCCCGGACCCCACUGGUUUAGACACCCAGAAGCCGGGGGAGACACCCUGCACUGAGGAGAACGUGAUUGCGCUGGAAGUGGAAGUGAAAGGCUCGGUGGAGCCUUUCAAGGUGCUCUUAGAGCCGUACGCCCUCAUCAUCCCUGGCGAGAACUACAUUGGCAUCAACGUGAAGAAAGGCUUUAAGAUGUGGAACCACAGCAAGUCACCUAUCAGAUACAUGUGGGAGAAGACCAGCACCUGCCACAUCAUUGAGGUGGAACCCUGUGCAGGCACCAUUGAGCCCAACGAAGUGGGUGAUUUUGAGUUGAACUUCACUGGGGGUGCUCCGGGUGCCACGAGCCAGGACCUGCUGUGCAAAAUCAGAAACUCACCCUCGCCAGUGGUGCUGCACAUCGAGGCGGCCUUUAAGGGACCUGUGCUUACCCUCGACGUCUCCGCCCUGGAGCUCGGUCUGGUCCGCCUGGGCCAGAAAGUCUCACACUCCAUCCAGAUUCAGAAUGUCAGCCAGCUGCCCGCCACAUGGCGCAUGACGGAGAGUGCCGGCUGCCUGGAAGAAAGGCAGGAGCUGGAGUCCCACUUUGUCAUCGAGCCCUCGAGUGGCCAGCUGCACCCCCUGGGGGAGUGUAAAGUGCACAUCACCUUUGAGGCCUUGCUCUGCCAGAGCCUGCGGACGGUCCUAGAGUUGCAGGUGGAAGACGGGACCUGGAGCUACCUCCCAGUGUGUGCUGAGGUCCAGGCACCCCACGUGUACCUGCAGAGCAGCCAGGUGCAGCUCAGCACCCUCUACCGGGAUGUGCCCACAAAGGCAGUUGUCACCCUCGUCAAUGGGACACUCCUGCCCACCCGGUUCCAGUGGGGGAACCUCCUGGGCCACCAAGCAGCCCUCUGUACUGUGACAAUCUCACCCAAGCGUGGCACGCUGGGCCCCGGUGAGGAGCGCUGGCUCACCUUGGAGCUGACUGCUCACACCCAGGAAGAGCUGACAGAGCUGGCCCUCCCUUGCUAUGUGUCAGGCAUGGCAGAGCCACUGGCCCUAGGCAUUGUGGGAAAGGUCCAGGGACUUCAAGUGACCAUCACUGUCUCUAUGGAGGGCUCCGAGAGCAGCGUCUUCCUCACGGAGCAGGGCCUGGGCCAUUUGGAGGAGCUCCGCCUGGACUUUGGCUCAGCAGUGCCGCUGAGAACCCGCGUGGACCGCCAGCUCAUCCUGACCAAUCAUUCGCCGAUCCCGACCCCUUUCGCCCUUGAUUUUGAGUACUUCGGGCACCCCCAAAACAGCGUGAGCAGAAAGGCCAACUUCAUGGAGAGCAUGUUGUCCCACCGGAAAGGAGCCGCCUUCUUCCCCCGAGUUUCCCACGGCAUGCUGGGACCCCACCAGCAGCUGAGCAUUGGCCUUACAGGCUGUGCCAACAUGUGGGGCGAGUACUGGGACAAGCUCAUAUGCACGGUAGGAGACCUGCCUCCAGCAGUCAUUCACGUGCACAUGGCCGUGGUAGGCUGCCCCAUCAGCUCCCUGAGGACCACCUACUACACCAUGGAACGGUGCUACAAGGAGCCAAUCAUCAGGUUUGGCACGCAGCUCUCUGGAGGAGACACAGUCACCCGGAUCCUUCGCCUGAAUAACUCCAGCCCCUGUGACAUCCGCCUGGACUGGGACACCUAUGUUCCCGAGGACAGGGAGGAACAGCUGGUGGACCUGCUGGUGUUCUAUGGGCCACCCUUCCCACUGCGGGACCAGGCUGGGAACGAGACCCUAUGCCCCGAGAGCCGGGAGACUACCUCGUCCUCCUCGUCCUCCUGUCCCUCAGAUGUGUCUGUCAUCAGCCACGAAGCUGUCCUGUCUGCGGAGAGCAGCAGCAGUGGCAGCACUAGGAAGGCCCCGAAGAUCAUCUCGGUCAUGCUGCAGGAGCACGAGGGGGUGCCCUCCGAUGACCUGUACUCUGUCAGCCCCAGGCAGGUGGUGGUCCCUGCUGGGGGCAGUAGCACCAUCUACAUCUCCUUCACACCUAUGGUCCUCAGUCCUGACACCCUGGGCAAGGUGGAGUGCACUGGCUAUGCCCUGGGCUUCAUGAGCUUGGACAGCGAGGUGGACAGAGAGACUCCAGGGAGGUGGCGGCGCCUGCAGGACUUUGCUGUGGGACCUCUGAGACUGGACCUACAUGGCCACGUGAGGCCCGCGCAGCUGAGCGUGGAGCUGGACUACGAUGGGAGCAUGGAAUUCCAGCACCAAGCCAGUGACCUCAUCCUGGAACAUCCCUGCUGCAGGGUGCUGAGUGAGCUUGUCACCACCCACCACCUGAAGCUGACCAACACGACAGAAAUCCCACAUUACUUCCGGCUUCUGGUCUCCAAGCCCUUCUCCGUUUCCCACGACGGGGCCAGCGCCAGAGCUCCCAGCCCGGACCAGGAGCAGGACUAUGAGGAGAGAGAGGCAGGCAAGCUGCUGGUGCUCCCGCCGCAGGAAAACAUGCUGGUAAACGUGUCCUUCUCGCUGUCCUUGGAGCUGCUCUCCUAUCAGAAGCUCCCAGCUGAUCAGAUGCUGCCAGGAGUGGAAAUUCAGCAGAGCAAGAAUGGGGAAAGGGAGCUGGUGUUCACACAGGACCUGCUCCUGGAGCAUACCAACCAGACCAUGCAGGUGGUGCCCCUCCGGGCCACUGUGGCUGUGCCCGAGCUCCAGCUCUCCACCAGCUGGGUAGACUUUGGGACCUGCUACGUAGGCCAGCUGCAGGUCCGAGACAUCUACCUGAUGAACCUGAGCUGCUGCCGGAGCUACUGGACAGUGCUGAUGAGCCCCCAGGAGUCAGCUUUCCGAGUCUCCCCCAGCAACGGGCUGCUGGAGGCUCGGCCGGUCAAGGCGCCCCCGCCCACCAUCACCCUGCAGGUUAUCUUCACUGCCAGGGGCAGAGAGCUGUACGAGUCCACGCUGGUGGUAGAGGGCAUGCUUGGUGAGAAGGCCUGCACCCUGCGGCUCCGGGGCCAAGGCUCCUAUGAUGAGAAGUACAUGACCUCCUGCUCUGAGGUGUGCCCCUAGCCCCUA